ACAAGAUGGCGGAGUUUCGGUAAGAAAGUUCACGCGGCUGGAGGGAGCGUUUCAAGAGUUCUUUCUCGGUCCUCUGGAGUUCUCAGCCACCGGCAGUUUUAGUUGAACUCGCGACCGCAACGCGCUAGCCAAGCCGUAUGCUGGCCACAGUUACCUGUCUGUUUUGUCGCGUUUUUUGUGAACGUUUGUUGUGAUGAUAAUGUGCGCCGCUGCUCAAGUGUUGAGGAUUACGCUGGUGGUGCUCGGCCUUCUGGUGGCUGCAGUCGUCCGGUGUCAUGGACAGGCGGUGCCUAUGGACACCACCAUUAGCUCAGAUAACUCAACGUCUACAGUCUCGACAUCAGCCAGCACGGAGGCGGCUCUAAUGACGGAGAGUGCAACAAGUCCCUCGCCAGGGCCACCGCCCGAUCCUCCCAACUCAACAUUAACAGCUGCGGUGCCCUCUGCUGCCCCCACUGCACCAACCACCCCCACCCCUUCUCCCACAUCCGGCAUGGUGGACCACAGUCCGAGUCCCAAGAGCCGCGCCCUCAACCUCACCGAGCCGCCUCUCGAUGAUGUCUCCAUGGACGAUGACAUGGAAGACGAAAUUGAUGAGAACAAAUCGAUGAGCAACAUGAGCCGAUGCAUGCCGGGUGAGACGUUCGAACGCAGCUGCGACGAGACGUGCACGUGCGAAGAUGGGGGCGUGUCGUGUCGGCCACGUGCCGCGUGUGUCGCGCCCUACGUGCGACCACAGCCCGACAGUGCCUGUCAUCAGAUGCCCUCCGACCACGACCCUUGCUGUGUGCUCAUGCACUGUCCCGACAAACCAGAAGGUGAAAGUCCAAAAAUGAACAACAAAUGCAAUUACAAGAAUGAGACUUACAAAGUCGGUGAGACGUUCAAUGAUGCUUGUGAAGCCACCUGCACAUGCGAAGAUACGCUUCACGUCUCUUGUAAACCAAGAUGUGAACCAGUGAAGAACACGACUUCGGACAGUUGUGUGGCGGUGCCUGACUCGUCUGAUCCGUGUUGCACGGUUGUCUUGUGUGACGUCAGCGUGCAAGAUCAUGAUGUCACAAAGCCAGGAUCUACUGGACCUGAGGAUGGUUCAGAAGAGAUGGGAGAGUUUCAGCUAUUAUCAGCAAUCGCAGUGAACAGUACAUCGGUGAAACUGAACUCGUCUAUGAAAUUGUCGGGCAAAAACUGGAGCGUGGAGGUGAGUGAGGAUGACACAACAUGGAGGCCAGCUAUGGCUACCCAGGGAAGCACUGUCUUGGGCUUGGAGCCCGGCAAAACCUAUCACAUCAGGGUGAAAAUAGAUGGCAAAACUAGUAAUGCUGUCUCUGUCACUCUGCCUAUCAUGAAGAAGGUUGGAAGCACCUGCGAGUACAAGGGAAAGAACUACACAAGAGGCGACGAAUUUCACGACGGUUGUAGUGCAUUCUGCAUAUGCAGCAAAACAGGAGUGGAAUGUGCCACGAUAGAAUGCCCGACUGAUUUCGGCCUGGAUGUUCUGGACCCUCACUGUCUGGCAUGGGAGACGCAGCCCUCCAACUUCGUCCCCAAUCCACCCAAUUGCUGCCCGGAAACUGUGCGAUGCAAGGAUAACGGCUCGUGCAUCUAUGCUGGAGAAUCAUUCCCGAACUGGGCAGACAUUCCGACAAAGCUGACGGGCUGUGAGCAGCGGUGUUUCUGCGAGAUGGGCAACGUCACGUGUCACGCUGCCUGCCCCCCUGUACCCGCCAACCCCCCUGCUGACCUGCCCUGCAUGCCCGAGCAAGCCAUCCUCACGCACCCCCCUGGCGAGGACUGCUGUCUCUACUGGCUCUGUCCUCAGCAUCCUCAUGGGCAAAAAGGAGACGAGAGACUUAUGAAAAAUGAGACUCUUUCAAAAGACAGACAGAAUGACAUGACAAAUACAACGACUAUUGACCAGCACCCUUUCCUUGGUCCUUAUAAUCCAGAUAAUCCUUCCAAGACUAUGAUGUUGGAUAAGUCCAAGACCACUAAAGACCAACAAGCACAUAAGAAAGACUUUUUCCCAGGUCCUUUCAGUAUCCAGCACCUUCAAGAGAAGGCAAAUAAAAGUGGGGUGGCAAAGAUGAAGACACAGCCUGAUCAUAACUAUGAGCAUUUGAUAGAAGACACUAUUUGGCCUUUCCAUAUUGAUAAACAAGCUGCUAAAGAGAAUGCCAUGCACAUGGCUGAAGUAUUGAAUAAAACAAUGCAUAACAUGAAACCAGUACAGGAAGAGUCCAAACCUAGUGAAAUCUCUGAUUCAGCAUAUGAAGAUGUGUUUCCGAACAAUAAUGAAGGUGUCAUCCAUCAUCCCAUUCUUCCCCCUGGUGCUCUCAAGCCAACAAAACCAGGCAAAGAACAUAAACACCAUCAAAUACUUUGGUCCACUUUCCCUGAUGAGUCAGAGCAGAUAAGCCAUGAUAUAGACCAAGAUCCAAGAAAGCCACUCAAGCCUGAAUCAGAUUACAACCAAAAGAAGCCUCACUCAACUAAAGGGAACAAUGUUCCACCACACAAUGGCCCGUUGUUUGUAGAGCAUGGUAAUAAAUCUCCUGAUCAGUUCCAUAAUGGAGAGAUUGAUCAUCAAAAUCAACACUACAUUCAUCCAGGUCCUAUCCAUUUCAUCAAUCAACAGCAUUUGCAGCCAAAUCCAAAUGUUAAACACCCUCAAGGCAAUGCAUUCCCCAUAUCAAAUCCUCAGAAUCCAUUUGUCACUCAUGACAAACAGCAGAAAAUGAAAGAUGUGGGAACUCCUUCACAGGAUUUGUUACCAUUUGGUAGGAAACCAAGUCAUGUGUUUGAUGGCCAUUUUCCACCCGAUGAACUGUUGACCCACUUACAGAAUCUACCACAGAAUCACAACAACGCACAAAAUAAGCCAUCUCAUUUGCCUCCUGAGGAGAUUUUCCACAUCAUCCAACAGCAAAACCAAUACCAGCAUCCAGGUGAUGCAGUGCAAAACAACAACCACUACUUCAACCCGCAAGAUGUGUUUGUUGUGGAGCAUCAAGAUAAACUGCCAGGUGAUAAGGGACAGUACAUUGUCAACCAACAUGGUUCGCAAAAGCCUGGGCCCACAAUUCACAUUCACAGCCCCAGCAUUCCAUCAAAUCCCAACUUGAGAGUGGAGGAAAUACUGACUCACAUUCGACAGCAAGAGGAGAAACGUCGUCAGCAGUUUGUGCAUACUCCCCCACAACACGGCUUUGUGCAGCAGAGACCCGUCAAUGAACACCCAAUCAGACCAAUCCCCAUCCUGCACCCCCACCCCUCCGACCUGCAACCGCAACACUCUAACUCACCAAUAUUACUUGGACAUCAACUCUCCCAAAACUCUUCAUUGCAAGGCUUCAACCCUCAACAUCUUCCGCCAGGAUUCACACAGAACUCUGCUCAGGAUCCAAAUGAAAUAAAGGUGCAUACAUUGGAAGCGAUUGAUGAGUCGACAGUGAGAUUGGUGUUCUCCGUGCCCUCUGUUCUUGUGGGUCUCCAUGGCCGGGUUGAGCUUCGUUACACCGCUGAUAAACAAAAUAGCGAUCCCGCGACCUGGGAGCAGCAAGUACUGGCUCCACCCAACGAUCUGAUAGCCACUCCGGAAUUGGAAUUCUCGCUAGGAAAUCUCCAGCCGGAUACCUCCUACAAAAUCAAGAUCUCAGUCAUUCUAAGGGAUUUAGAGAAUUCACCAGCUAGCAAAAUUCUUACUGUGAAAACGCCGUCUUCAGCAGCAACCACUCUACCACCCAUGAUUCCUGUCCAGCCAGAACUGCAGAUUGCUGAGUUGAACUCGACAUGGGCUCGACUCGUUUGGAGGAAAUUCACUGAUUUUGAACUACAAUUCAUUGACGGAGUACAGUUGCGCUACAAGGAAGUAGAUGGAAAGGUGUAUGCAGCAACACCACUGAUUCAUAGAGCUGUGACCAGUUAUGUGUUGGAAGGCCUGAAACCUGACUCACAUUACGAGGUGGGAAUCUUCUUCAUUCCUUUCCCAGGACAAACUACUGAACUGACAGCUACCAAUGUGCUUCAGCUGUCAACUGCUAUCGAAAAUGAUCCGUACAAGUUCGAGCUGAGCUUAGAUGUGCAUCACAUCAAGGCGUCAUCAGUGGAGCUGAGCUGGUCAGGAGUGCCAUAUCCCGAAGACAAGUUUGUCAACAUCUUCAGAGCGAUCUACCAAAGCGAAGGCGGCAGGGAGGACUUCAACAACUUCAAAGUAGCUAAACGAGAUUCGCCGCCGAGCACGUUGAUCAAGGGGCUCAAACCAAACACCAGGUACCGAAUAUGGCUAGAAGCAUACCUAACAAAUGGACGUAUAAAGAAGAGCAACGUGAAAGACUUCACAACGAAAUUAGGACCUGCGGCAGUGGAUGAUGCUCAUCCAGGUAAACUGGAAGGUAUGCCGUUAGUGGAAGCGAACGACUACUACGGUCCAUUGAUAGCGGUGUCAAUAUUGGCAGCACUGGCCAUAGUGGCGGUGCUGAUUCUGCUGCUGAUUCUGGCCAAGAAGCACGGCCACAACAAGGCGCCCAUCACUGCUGCCAACACACGCAAAGUGCAGUCGGCCGCCUACGACAAUCCCUCUUACAAGGUAGAAAUCCAGCAAGAAACAAUGGACUUGUGAAAACGACACCGCAAACGGGAGAACUGAGAUGUCUACAAUGAAUGUUAAUCUGAGCAUACCACAAUGAAUGCCGUGGAAACGUGAAAGUCCUACUUCGCCAAAGGCUGCAUUUUCCAAGCAUCGAUUUGCUUUCAACACUCAAUCAACUGCAUGCUAAUCAAAUGCAGUCUAUCUAAAUACUGAGUGCCUUACUAGUCUGGUAUCUCGAUUGAACGAAUCCAAGAACCACUUCGACACUUAGUUGAUUUCAAUAUAUUUAUACUAUUCUCAAUAAGCUAGUGUGAAUCUUAACAUCCAAAACUCUUUCAGCUAUAAUAAUUGGAAUCAUCAAUAAUUUAAGCAAAUGUGUAUUAUGAGAGUUUGCUUGGAGAAUGAUUUUGGGUAUCAAAAAUUCCAUGGAAAAAAUGUGUAUAAAACAUGACAUGAAAUGCUGGAAUAUGCUAUAUAGGCCUAAACGUUGGAUUUGUGCAUAACAUGCGUCCUGGUAAUAAAUUAGUAAGUCCAAAGUGUAGAUUGCCUUUUUGUGUGACAGGACUCCUAAAUAAUGUCCAAGAAACUGGACCCUGGACAAAAAACAUACAAGCUUGAGGGUAGUAGAAGCAUACAUUUGAAAAAAAUUAUGAAGUUGAAAAUUUCAUCAAAGACCACAAUACAUAAAAUUACUUUUACUCUUCACUAAACUCAAUACAAUUGAACAUAAAUUGUACAAUAUAGUAGCAUAAACAUAAAUUGAACCAUUUUUUCUAAUAAAGAAAUCAGUAAUUAUUUGAUAAAUAACUGUUGAAAUGUUUUUUCCGGUGAAUAAUAUCAUGUAUAUUGUAGCUAAAAGAAACUUUUUAAAUAAUAACCCAGUGUGACAUCAAAUAAUUUUACUUUUGAAUCUGAGAUUCUCCUAGAAAAGAACAUUCCUUCAAACCGAAAUCUCUCACAAGCCGACUCUCAAUUCAAGACAUUAUUGCGCAACAUAAACAUAACAUGUAAACAUAAACAUAACAUGCAUAAAAAUCACACAGACGAAUGUUUAUGAAUAUGUAUUUAACAACAUUGUGAAAUGAACACUAUUGAAGGUGACAAAUAGAUCCUGCCAAAGUUAAAAUAAUUAUAAUCUUGAAACAAACUCUAAUUGCAAAUUACUAUCGCUUACAAGAAAAACGUUCUUUUCUAUUAUUUAUAGAGAACUGCUACAAAUGUGUAUAUAUAGAUCUAGUGUAACUAAUUUCAUUAUUUUAUACUUUUGUAAUGUGUAAAUAUAUAAAUAGGUGUUUUAGAUUAGUUUAUAAUCUGGGGUUUCUUUGGAUACUGAAGUCCAAAUGCAGCACAACGAAUUUUGAAAUAUGGAAUUCAAAAAAUUGAAUAAUAUAUUUUUGUCCCAAGUGAUAUCAUAUUUUGUAAAGAUAGACAUUGUCUACAAUAAUGUAUUGAAGCUGGAUUAAAGAGUGGUCCACAGUAAGGGAAGUGUACAUUCAUGUUCCUAAAACUAAUCACUGGCUCAAAGACUAAAUUAUUCACUCCAUGUUGAUUAUACAAAAUAUGUUAUCAAGAAGACUAUUUACUUAGAAAAAAUCAUGCUCAAAUUUGGGGGGAAAUUUGGAGUUAUAACCCAAUAAUAAUAUAUGUGUAUCUGUCAAUAAUUUGUAUUCUGAUAAAAUUCAAAUCUAUUUUUAUGAAGCUUUAUUAUUUGAGUAUAUUUUGGUAUAUGUUUUCCAAUCCACUCACGAAAAGUAAUGUCCGACUUAGAAAUGAUUAUAACUAAUUAUAAAUUGUGAAUAAAAAAUCCUGUAAAUAUAAAUGGAGAUUAAAUUAUGUUUAUACGAAUAA